CGAGGUCUACUCUCCUGCCAAUUCCCAAACCCUAACAUCUCCCCAUGGACGACGGCGACGGCGGCCUGAGCUUCGACUUCGAGGGCGGCCUCGACUCGGCCCUGGCGGCUGGGGGGCCCGCGCCGUCCUCGACUGACCCUGGCGGGGGCGGGGCCGGGCCGGGCCUGUACGGCCGCGGCCGCGGCCGCGGCCGCGGUAGCUACCGUCAGACGGUAUGCCGGCACUGGCUGCGGGGGCUGUGCAUGAAGGGUGAGGCGUGCGGGUUCCUUCACCAGUUCGACAAGGCCCGCAUGCCCGUGUGUCGCUUCUUCCGCGACUUCGGCGAGUGCCGCGAGUCGGACUGCGCCUACAAGCACUCGUACGACGACGUCAAGGAGUGCAACAUGUAUAAGAUGGGAUUUUGCCCCAAUGGUCCUAGUUGCCGGUACAAGCAUGUCAAGCUACCUGGGCCACCACCUCCUGUCGAGGAAGUUCUCCAGAAGAUUUUGCAGAUGCGCUCUUUCAACAAAUACGGUCAGCAUAGAAACAAUAACUAUAAUCAGCAGGUGGAGAGACCUCAACAUCCACAGGGUUCAGGGUUGCCUAACCAGAAUUCAACAGAAAAUGCUACUGCUACAACGCAACCAGCUGCUGGACAACAAGCACAAACGAUGCGCCAACAGCCACCACAGCAGCAGCAGAAUCCAAAUACAAAUGAGCAGGUCCAAGGUGUUUCAAAUGGCCAUCAAGCCACUAGAAUCGCGACACCCCUUCCACAAGGGCCAUCUAGGUACUUCAUUGUUAAAAGUUGCAAUCGGGAGAACCUGGAAAUAUCAGUUCAGCAGGGAAUUUGGGCUACUCAGAGGAGUAACGAGGCUAAACUUAAUGAAGCUUUUGAAUCCAUUGAGAAUGUUAUUCUAAUAUUCUCAAUUAAUAGAACUCGCCAUUUCCAGGGGUGUGCAAAGAUGACUUCUAGGAUUGGUGGCUACAUUGGAGGUGGAAAUUGGAAAUCUGCUCAUGGAAUGGCACAUUACGGUCGGAACUUCUCUAUACAGUGGCUUAAGAUUUUGCUAGUAUGGUUAAACCAAAUUGUGAAUCACAGCUUUGUGAAUUGUCAUUUCAGAAAACUCAUCAUCUGCGCAAUCCAUACAAUGAUAAUCUCCCUGUUAAGGUUGGUGCAGAUUAGCAGAGAUUGCCAGGAAUUAGAACCUUUCAUUGGUGAGCAGUUGGCUUCCCUGCUUUAUCUGGAACCAGACAGUGAACUUACGGCUAUGCUAAUUGCAGCCGAGGCCAAGAGAGAAGAGGAAAAGGCAAAGGGAGUCAGUGUUGAUGAGGCAGCUGAUAAUCAAGAUAUCAUGCUGUUUGAUGACAAUGAAGAAGAGGAGGAAGAGGAAAGUGAGGAAGAAGAAGAAAGUGGCCAAGAAUCUCAAGGAAGGGGAAGAGGAAGGGGGAUGAUGUGGCCACCUCAAAUGCCAAUGAUGCGCCGCGUUGGGCCAAUGAUGGGAGGGCGCAGCUUCCCUCCCAACAUGAUGGGUGAUGGCUUCGGUUUUGGCAGUGGUUUUGGCAUGCCUGAUCCUUUUGGUGUGCCUCGUUGUUUUCCACCAUUUGGUGGCCCAAGGUUUCCCGGUGACUUCACCAGAGGAGGUCCUAUGCCUGGUAUGGUCUUCCCUGGCAGGCCACCGCAACCUGGAGGCCUCUUCCCUAUGGGCCUUGACAUGAUGGGUCCUGGUCGUGGACUGCUCAUGGGAGGCAUGGGAAUGGGCAGGCCUGGACGACCUAAUCGCCCCAUGGGUAUGGCUCCCUUCAUGCCCCCUCCACCUCCAAACAACCGUGUUGCGAAAAGGGAGCAAAGAAAGCCAGGUGGUGACAGGAGCGACAAGUAUGAAACAGCGUCGGACCAGGGAAGCAGGGGUCGUGAUAAUACUGGAAAUUCUGGAGGAGAUGGAUCCAGGUCUCAAUCUGGGGACAGAUAUGGUAGAAGCGCCCUCCGGGAUGAUGACAGCGAGAGCGAAGAGGAAGCAGCUCCUAGGCGUUCAAGGAAACCAUAGAGCAAUACUGAGAAGCUGAGCUCCAUGCUGUUACCUGAUGAGAAGGAUACCUGUGUAAACUGAGUUCAGAAAGUCAAAAUAGAUUUCCUAUCUAAUCUUCUUUGCUGAGACUAGAACCAAAUAGUGAAAUAUGGAUCCUGUAUAACUGCAUGCUGUGGGCAGUCAUAUUGGUAGUUGAAUUUUUCUCAGGCGGCAAAGACAAGCUCAUCUUGGCAGGUUGAGAUUGAUCUGGUGGUGUAUCACAGUAUCAGUCAGGAUUUGUAUAGUAACAAUGAUAAUACUAUAUAAAACACAAGUUGGUU